UUGUGAUUUUUUUUUUUUUUUUUUAACCGAGAAUGACACAGAAAGACAAAGCAUGUACAAUGGCCUGGAUAUCUGUAAGGAACAGCAGCUAGACGUGCCCCUUAAUAGCAAUGGAGACCAAAAGCGAGGAAAGGAACCAGGUUACAGACUCGGGAAAACUACAGCAUUUACAAUUGUUGCGGCAGUCACAGUCCUCAUUUUGGGUUUAAUCGCUACCACGGCUACCCUGGCAGUCAGAACCACUAAGUCAUGUUUGGAUUAUGCGGAUGUCCCAUCAUGUCCGGAUGGAUGGGUUGGCUACCGAAGACAGUGCUACUUCUUCUCCGAGGUUGAAAGGAAUUGGACCGCCAGCAAGAGCUUCUGCUCUUCAUACAGUGCCUCCCUGGCUGGAAUUGACAGCGGCCUGGAGAUGACAUUCCUCCUGCGAUACAAAGGCAGCGUUUACCAUUGGAUCAGCCUCAGAAGGGAGCCCAGCCAGUUGUGGAAGUGGGGCAAUGGUUCUGAAUUUGACAACCGGUUCGAAGUAAGGGGAGGAGGAAACUGUGCAUAUCUGAAUGACAUAGGUGUCAGCUCGUCAAGCUGUGAGACAGAGAAGAACUGGAUCUGUGCUAGACCUGGUAGAUAUGGGAAAAGAAAAGAGAACAGGCUGGAAGGGAUGGCAAAACAGUAACCCUCACGAGAAUAAUAAUAAAUUGUUCUAACAAA